UCACUGUCACUCUCACUGUCCCAUGACUUUCAAUAAACAACACAACCGAUUCAACCGAUCUCAGAUCUCCAUAAAGAAACAAUUCUAAAAUAGCUUGCGCCCGUCUCCCAUGGACUCUGGUCCAACCUUCGUCCUCAAUCUCUGCGGUGAGAGGCGUUGCGUAGUCGAAUCUACAACCGACAAGAUGGAGCGGAGUAGUGCGAUUCUGCUGGUUUUUUCUUGGGUCCUAAUCGCGGUUUGCAAUGCCGGUACAGAUUUGGAGGCAGGAGUAGAUCCGGUUGUUGAUUUAGGUGUAAAAAGUUCCGCAACUUUGAGAAAUGACAGCAAUUUGAACGAGAAAACUGGUGGGCUGAACUCGAUUGUAGAGUCUAACAUAGUCGACCCAGUAAAGAAGGGACAAGAUCAGGUGGCUGGACAAACAGAGUAUGCUCUGAGUAGUAAGGCUAGCGAGAGGAAUCCAGAGGAACGAAAGGAAGGGGGGUUGAAAGAAGAUCCCAUUCAAGAGAAAGAUAAGAAUGGGUUUGUGGGGGAGGGUGGGAAGAAAGAGAUAUUGGGUGAAGAUUCUGAAUCCAAAUAUGUGAAGAAAUUGGGCGAAGGGUCUGUGUCCAAAGACGUGAAGGAGGUUGACAAGCAAGAGAAGUUGGGUGAAGGGUUUGAAUCGAAGAAUUCAAAAGAAGGGGUAGAGGCUGAUAAGGAAGAGAAAUUGGGGAAGGUGUUGGAAUCCAUAGAAGUAAGGGAGGGUGAGAAGCAAGAGAGAUUAGGUCAAGGUUCUGAAUUCAAAGAAGUGAUGGAAGAUGACAAGAAAGAGAAAUCAGGACAAGAGUCUGAAUCCAAAGAAGUAAUGAAGGGUGAGAAGAAAGAGAAAUCAGGAGAAGGGUCUGAAUCCAAAGAAGGAAGCAAAGAGUUGCCAGUUUCCUUUCCGUUGGGGAAGAAGGAGGGCUCCCAUGGCGAAGAAUGUGAUGCAUCUAAUAGCUGCAAGGCCGAAAACAACAAACUGGUAGCAUGCUUGAGAGUCCCUGGAAAUGAAUCUCCAGAUUUAUCACUUUUGAUUCAGAACAAGGGAAAUAGCCCUCUCAGUGUUACAAUUUCUGCUCCUGAUUUUGUUCAGCUAGAGGAAACCAAAGUUCAACUCCAAGAAAAGAAAGACAAGAAGGUUGAUAUUUGGAGCAGCUAAUUUGAAGUUGAAUUGAAAAUAUCUUAGUUGUGCCGUAAUUUUGAUUCUGUUUGUAUUUUGAAAAUAACUAAACAAGUAAUUUGAUUAUUUUUUUGUACGGUAAAUGAUAUUAUGUUUAUUGUAAUUUGUGAAAUUAUUAUUACUUAAUUAUCAUAUCGAUGUUAUAUUUGUUGAUUAUCAGGUUGGGUUUAUUUAGGUGUAUUUGUUGAUUAUCAUAUUAAUAUUUGUUUUUAUUAUAUAUUAGUUUAUUAGGUUUUUUUAAAUAAAACUUUGAUAAAUUCUAGCCCAAGCACAGGUUGGGGCUUGCUCGAGCUUGAGCCUGUGAAAAAAUUUGUCGAACUAAGCGGAGUUAAGCGAAGCUCGGCUCGGCUCAUUUACACCCCUACCACUACAUCCUCCAUCUCUGCCACUUGUUGCCAUCGCCACACAACCUCCUCUUCUUUUAGUGGCGGCGAACCUAAGCUCUUCUUGUCAACCGAAUUGAUGAGCCAAGCCCGAGCUCGGUUCAUGUUAACCGAGCUUAAGCUCGAGCUUGAGUUCAAGUAUGCCAAGCCAGAGCCGAGCUUACCGAAGCUCGGCUCAGCUUGGCUCGAUUGCAACCCUACCAGCCAUGGUCGAAAUCUUAUUCUAUAUAUCAAAAUAUUGGUAAUUUCUAGUAAUAUAUUUACUGGACCAGUAUAUUUUCCAUGCAUAGAACUAGUUCAUCCUUCCAUCUCUUUCCUUUUCUUCUUGCUCUAGAAUCCCCUAGUUUGGGGUUUAGCUUAUGAACUAAUUUAGGUGUGUUUGAGAGCAGAAAUAAUAAUAUAAAAGAUAAAAUUAACCUUCUAUGUAAUAGUUUAAACUUUUAGAUGAAAUGGUGAUUAACAAUUCAACAUAGUAUUGGAGUAGACAAAGAUCUUGAGUUCAAACAUCACCACUAACACAAUAUUUAAAUUGUUACACUUGUUUGGACUAGUUAUGCAAUGAAGUUUAACCACACAUGAGGAGAUGUGUUGAGAGAAAAAAUAAUAAUAUAAAAAAUAAAGUUAACUGUCUAUCUAACAGUUUAAGCUUUUAUAUAAGAUGAUGAUUAACAAUUCAACAAAGUGCUUGCACAUAUUGCAUGCACAAAUGUUGUUCAAGACUUCUUGAUUGCUUCAUGCAUUGCAUUUUGAUAUUUCCUAUGUAUGCCUGACAGGAAAUCAAAACCCCCAAAUUUUAUUCAAUACUAGGAACUUUCCAUUCUUACCUACUCCAAUGUAGUUUACUUCAUAUAACAUUAAGAUAACUUUUGCCAGCUACCAAGCUCAUUAACUUGUUUAGAUGGUCGCAAACAUGUCAUCUAGUCCACUACUAGGCAACAGACAUUUCAUUUUUGUUAAAGAAUGAUCUAAAUUUCAUUUGAGUUAAAGAAAAAUUUAGUUCAUUUGCCUAUUUACAUAGUUCAACAAGGCCCUUGAUGCCUUCAUGAUUUUGCCUCAUAUGCCUUAUGUGGUUUUGUAGAGUUGUUUUUGCUGUGGUUGGAUUUCUUUUUUAGUUUUAUUUCCUGUUUUAUGGCACAAGAAAAGAUAAAAUUAGAGAUGAGAUUGUCUAUAAUAUGGUUGAAGUGGCAUCUAUAGAAGUUAAGAUUUAUGAAAUGCAUUAAGAUAGUUUGGACAUAUAAAAAAUACCAAUAGACACAUUGCAAGGAGAGUGGAUUGAAGGAAGAAGUUUGUAGCGAAAGAGGUAGAGCCAAAUUAAAGAAAACUUAAUGGGAAACUUGUAUGCAUGAUACGGGAUAUUAUGACCUUAUGAAAAAAAUAUGAUUAUAAUACAAAUGAUUAGUGAGUUAGAAUUCAUAUAACUGACCCUAACUAGUGGGAUUUAAGACUUAGUGUUGUUGUGUGGGCACAUGUUGGAGGGAAAAAAGAAAUUAUUGAGUUACAAAUUGAAGGCUUAUUGUUCAUCAGAAGACACACAUACUUAUGUAAACUGUUGAAUUCAUGGUCCUUCCAUUGGGAUAAAUGUUACCAAAUAGUAUAAGUAGAACCACUAAACAUCUAUGAACAAUUUCAGUCCAAUAGGCUUUUUUAUUGACAUUUGAUCUUUACCAAUGUGCACGUAUUACAUUCCUGUCCUUUUUCUCUUAAUAUAUAAUAAUCUUGAUUGGCCAUUCAUAAGGGAGAAUCAUCUUUGACCUAAGAU